AUGCUUGUUCGUAUAGACAUCGAAGAUCUCGCUGACGAAGAAUCCGAAGAUGAUGCCGAUGUUCUGUACUCGAUAGCCGAACCCGAGAACUUUAUGUCCAAAGACGGAAAAACAACAUGGUCUUCGCAGCCGCCAGGAACUAGUCGAGUGCGUUCAUGCGAUAAAGUCCUCCACCAGUCGGGACCAAAGCCACAUGUUGCCAAUGCCGUGAAAGCUAUCCGCGAUUCCUUUGAUCAUUUUAUGAAUACAUCAGUUAAAUCCGUCAUUCUGAAGUAUACCAACGAAAGAGGAAAAGCAGUGUAUAAAAGCGACUGGAAUCUCCUUGAUAUGGUCGAACUCGAUGCGUACCUGGGACUGCUUAUUAUGCAAGGAGUCAACAGAGAAUGUCGGACGGAUACCAGCGAACUGUGGCAUUCCACUCGGGGUCGACCCCUUUACGCAGCGGUUAUGUCACGUGAUCGGUUCAUAAAGAUUUGUCGUGCGUUAUCGUUCGACCGUAAAUCCACGAGAGCGGCAAGACGUACUGUAGACCGAAUGUGCGUUGUGAGAGAAUUGUGGGAUCACUGGGUGCCUGUGUUGCGAAACUCGUUCAGUCCUGGAUGUUAUACAACAGUCGACGAGCAGUUGUAUCCUUUCAGGGGGAGAUGCAGUUUCAAACAGUUUAUGAAAUCAAAGCCAGCUAAAUACGGUCUAAAGUUUUGGGCAUUCGCGGACGCCGAUACCAGCUAUGUCUUGAAUAUUCAGCUAUAUACGGGCAAAGCUCCGGGACAGCUUCCAGAGAGAAAUCAGGGAAGACGGGUGGUUCUUGAUCUGACGGAUUAUUUGAGGUCGACCUCUGGGAUCAACAUCACGUGCGACAACUUUUUCACCGAUAUCGAGCUGGGUAGAGAGCUACUGAAGCGGAAUAUGACGAUGGUUGGAACAAUCAGGAAAAACAAAGGCGAAAUUCCUGACGAUUUUUUACCAUCCCGGAAUCGAGCACUGUAUUCAACUUUAUUCGGUUUUACCAACGAAUUCACUCUGGUAUCAUAUGUUCCGAAAAUCGGCAGUGCUGUGAUUUUGUUGAGUUCGCUACAUCACGACAAAAAAUCAAAUGAAGACGAGCAAGGAAAGCCGGAUGUCAUCCUGGACUACAAUGCUACAAAAGCAGGUGUCGACACCAUGGACCAGCUGAUUGGAACCUAUACAUAUGGAAAUCCCUGA